AUUUCGCUGUUUGUUUGCCAGUAUUUUGAUAAUUAUUACGUCGAUCAUGAUUUUCCAAUUCGGGAUCGUUUGCUUGGCGCUAAGUCUCGGUACCGAUGCUUUUUUCGUCGAAGAAGAUCAUCCUCGAAUAUCCAAGUUCGAUUUAUCCGAGAAUGUUUUUAGGUACAACGAAGAUGCCAAUUUAAAUGCAAGAGAAUUGAUCUCUAAAUACGGAUACAGAGGCGAAACCCAUAAAGUAACGACUCAAGAUGGCUAUAUUUUAGAAUUACAUCGUAUAACCGGCCCGAAUUCUAACCCCAACCCUGAAAACAAGACUGCGAUACUUUUAAUGCAUGGAUUGCUCAGCAGUUCUGUUGACUGGAUCAUUUCUGGUCCGAAAAAAGCUCUAGCUUAUAUGUUAGCGGAUAAAGGUUAUGAUGUGUGGAUGGGUAAUGCGCGGGGAAACCAUUAUUCAAGGUCUCACAAGAGGUUAUCUGUGCUCGACAAACAGUUCUGGCAGUUCAGCUGGCACGAAAUCGGCGUCUACGACCUUCCAGCGAUGAUUGACUACAUCCUUGACAACACCGAGUCCCAGAAGAUCUUCUACGCAGCACACAGCCAGGGAACCACUGCGUUCUUCGUGAUGUGCAGCACCAUGCCAAAAUACAAUGAUAAAAUCAUUGCGAUGUCUGCGCUUGCUCCAGUGGCCUAUGUUGGACACAUGACCAGUCCUUUCUUCCAAAUUUUGACGCGCUUCGCUCCCAUGAUCGAGGCUGGGAUGAAUUUGCUUGGUAUGUACGAGUUCCAACCUACCGAGAAGUUCAUGAAAAAUUUGAAAGCUUUAAUAUGUGACCCUGAAGCCUGGUCACAGCCGAUAUGUGAGAACGUUAUGUUCCUAGUUGCUGGAUUUGGCUCGGAUCAGAUGAACAGAACUCUGCUGCCUGCUAUCUUGGGACAUGUUCCAGCCGGAUCUUCUACCAAACAAUUUAUUCAUUACUCCCAAAUGGUCAAGUCUAGAAAAUUCCGCCAAUUCGACCACGGCCUGAUAGAAAACUACCGUAGGUAUGGAAGAUUCACCCCGCCAGAUUACGAGCUCUUCAAAGUAACCGCUCCGGUAGUGCUUCAUUACUGCGUGAACGAUUGGUUGUCCAGCGUGAAGGACAUAGAGAUCCUGGCCCAGCAGCUUCCGAACGUUCAUUCAAGGAUUAAAGUUCCUCACCCUCCGUUCGCUCACCUGGACUACCUCUGGGGAAAGCACGCUAACGAGCUCCUCUACGAGAAGGUCCUGGACAUCAUGAGUUUAUUCAGUCAAAAAUAAAACCCAAUAUUUUGUACUCAAGAAUUUAAUAUCAACAACCUUGCGCUUGCGUCGCGAAGGGUAAGAGUGAGUAGGAGCUACCCUCAGUGUGUAGGUGAAUGCAGCUCCGAUCACAUCUGCUCUCGUUCGAUCCCUU